UUUUUCCAAGAUGGCGGCCCAAUGACGCAUGCGUAGUAUGAGUCGUUGGCUGUCAGUGGUGGAGUUCCGCUAGCAUUUUUUUUGGUUGCCACAACCGCCUAUGUGUUCUCAGACAGCAAAAUAAGCUGACGUCACAUCUUACGCCACAACCCUAUCCGACAGACAAGCAUGUCGUACGGCCAAGGAGAGAGUUAUCGUCCGGUCCCUCGGGACUUCAGCAGCCUGAUCCAGACAUGUAGUUCCAACAUUCAGAAGAUCACACAAAACACUGCUCAGAUUAAGAGCAUGGUGAACCAGUUGGGGACCAUACAGGACACCAGCGAGCUUCAGGAUCGACUGCAGCAAAUACAACACUACACCAACCAACUCGCAAAAGAAACCAACAAGCACCUGAAGGAGUUGGGUUCAAUUCCUUUGCCAACAUUCCCCUCGGAGCAAAGGCAGCAGAAGAUCCAGAGGGAACGGUUGAUGAACGAUUUCUCUGCUGCGCUCAACAACUUCCAAGCCGUCCAGCGGCGUGCGGCGGAGAAGGAGAAGGAGUCGGUAGCCAGAGCAAGAGCUGGAUCUCGUCUAUCGGCUGACGAUGGCGUGCGAGAUGAAAGGCUGGUUUCUUUUGACAACCAGGACGACUGGGGUCAGAUGGCCGUUCAGACGGAGGAGGUGGGCAUCACAGAGGAGGACUUGGAGCUCAUCAAGGAGAGAGAAACCAACAUCAGACAACUGGAGUCUGACAUCAUGGAUGUCAAUCAGAUCUUCAAGGACCUUGCCGUCAUGAUCCACGACCAGGGAGAGAUGAUUGAUAGCAUCGAGGCAAACGUGGAGAAUGCCGAAGUUCAUGUGGAACGAGGAGCUGAGCAGCUUCAGAGAGCUGCUUACUACCAACAAAAAUCCAGAAAGAAGAUGUGCAUCCUGGCUUUGGUUUGCUCCAUUGCGCUGGUCAUACUUGGCGUCAUCAUCUGGCAAGUGUCCAAGUGACCUGACUCCACAGGAAAGCCAUCUUUAAUAUUAUUAUUAUUAUUAUUAUUAUUAUUAUUAUUAUUAUGAUUAUUAUAUACCUGCUUGGUAUCACAAGAAGAGGCAAGUAGACGCUGCUCACAUCCGGAUCGCAGAGUUGCUAAUAUCCCAAAUCUCGGCUGCGCUGUUCUUUGUAAAUAGCAACGUAAAAGCAACAGGAAUGGCCGUAACUGGGAACUAUGGUGGCGUUGGGGGAGUGAUUCACGUCUCUGAUUUAUUCCAUAUUUUGUUCAAAGCACUAACACUCACUGUAUUUCACAUUCAUUAUUCCGACCUAACUAUGAUUCAUGACAGAAAUGAUUUUUUUUUAGGUGUUGUGUAUUAUUUUGUUAUCAUUUCUUCUGCUGUAAAGUGUUGAUAUUGCACAGUUGAAGUGGUUGAAGUGGGGAAAAGUCAGGAACUGAUGACACAUAAAAGCAGGAUGAGUAACAGCGGUGAUUGUAAGUAUAACUGUUCGAUACCGAAUGUCUUAACAGAUAUAGGCCCCAAAUCCAUAUUUGUAAAUAUUACACCACAUUAUAUAUACGAUAUAGCUGCAAAAAAAAACCACACAACAUGAAUUGAUUUCUAUAUGACUCAUUUCAGUGCGUGUAAUAAAUGUCUUGAAUACUUUUAAAAGUGUCAUCAUUGGCAGCUUGACGCCCAGCUACAUUUAGCCACAAGGGGGCGAUAGUGUCUUUGUGACCGUAGAGGAAAUGCUCAGGUGCAGAAAUUCACCAUGUUUGAUGUUACUUUUCAUUUGUUAAAGCUUCUGUGUGUCUUCCCCCCCCCGGGGCCUUCAGAAUCAGUAGUGCUGGCCCGUGUCAAAAUAUCAAAUAUGUGGUAUUCUGAUUCGGUCACUAGGUUUUGAACUUUGAACUUCACCACAAAACGGUUCGAUACAGCGACCGCUUACUGCUGAUGUCGUUGGUCUCACGUUCCAGUAUUUAACAAGAACCCAAGAUACUUUGAAAUCCUCCACCUGGGGCAAGACUCCAAACCCAAAAAUGUGCAAGCCACCCGUUUCCUUUAACUGACAACCAUAGAGAAGCUGAUGAGGCCAUCAGGACUACAGACGAGAUCCUAAGGUCUCAUCAAAUUCUGUUCAUCAAAGUUCUGAACAGAACCAGUGACAAAAGGCUCGACUUGCUAGCAAUGGGAACCGGGUUCCUGCUCCGGACCGGACCGUGGAGAAACUGAUGAGGCCAUCAGGACUCCAUCGUCUGUGAAUAACAGACGAGAUCCUAAGGUCUCAUCAAAGUUCUGAACAGAACCAGUGACAAAAGGCUCGACUUGCUAGCAAUGCGAACCGGGUUCCUGCUCCGGACCAGACCAUGGAGAAGCUGAUGAGGCCAUCAGGAUUGCAGACGAGAUCUUAAGGCCUCAUCAAAUUCUGUUCAUCAAAGUUCUGAACAGAACCAGUGACAAAAGGCUCGACUUGCUAUCAAUGCGAACCGGGUUCCUGCUCCAGACCAGACCAGACCAUGGAGAAGCCGAUGAGGCCAUCAGGACUCCAUCGUCUGUGAAUAACAAGACGAGAUCCUAAGGCCUCAUCAAAUUCUGUUCAUCAAAGUUCUGAACAGAACCAGUGACAAAAGGCUCGACUUGCUAGCAAUGCGAACUGGGUUCCUGCGAACCGGGUUCCUACUCCGGACCAGACCAUGGAGAAGCCGAUGAGGCCAUCAGGACUCCAUCGUCUGUGAAUAACAGACGAGAUCCUAAGGCCUCAUCAAAAGUUCUGAACAGAACCAGUGAAAAAAGGCUUGACUUGCUAGUAAUGCGAACCGGGUUCCUGCGAACCGGGUUCCUGCGAACCGGGUUCCUGCUCCGGACCAGACCAUGAAGAAGCCGAUGAGGCCAUCAGUACUCCAUCGUCUGUGAAUAACAGACGAGAUCCUAAGGUCUCAUCAAAUUCUGUUCAUCAAAGUUCUGAACAGAACCAGUGACAAAAGGCUCGACUUGCUAGCAAUGCGAACCGGGUUAGCAUCAAAACACAUAGACUGGUUGUAGUCUUCCUGUGUUCCUUGGUUCCUUGACCAGGACGAAAACCACAUUGGACCGCGGGCCGCGUGUUUGAGACCCCUGCCGUAGGGUGUUCACGUUCAUAAAAGCAGUCCUGCUUUUGAACCUACGUGCAAUGUAACAUUCUCCCUGCGCUCUUAUUUUGGUAGAUAAUUGAAGUCUGUGUCAUGGCCACUGUAAAGUGACAUCACCUUUAUUAUAUUAGUGUGUUGAUCUGCUGUGUUUACUGCUCCCACAGUCAGUCAUCAUAAGUGGCAUGAAGGUGCGUGAGAAGGAACGACGACGUGGUGUAGCGCAGCUUUUACGACCCCGGGGGGGGGGAGUGGAGCGUGUCGGACAGACGAACUGGUUUUCAAGCUUUCUGCUUGACUUGCCAAUGUUGGAUGUUUGACUCAAGAGCUCCAGACCUCCACCAUACGUUCUCCUAAUGGCCCAGCCGGAAUCAAUUCCAGCUGAGACAUAAAAGUAACAUUCAUGGGAAAACCCAAAGCAGCCAUCAGGUAAGAUUUUAGUAGCAUGUUACAUACGUUGCGCUAAAGAUGAAAGCCGGCAUUGGACGUUCGUUCCAGGAAUUAGCUACGCCCAGGUAAUAAACCCCACUCGCAGCAAUAGUCCCUCGUUUAUCACUGUCAACUGAGACAGUGAUAAACGAGGGAUUAUUAGAUUAGGAUUAGGAUUCCUUAUUUAUCAAUGGAAUAUUUUCAUAGUGGGCUGCAUGGUGGACGAGUGGUUAGUGUGCAGACCUCACAGCUAGGAGACCCGAGUUCGAUUCCACCCGCGAGCAUCUCCGUGCAUGCGUGGGUUUUUACUCCGGGUACUCCAGUUUCCUCCCACAUUAUAGAAAAGUGGGCUGCACGGUAAUCGAGUGGUUAGCGCGCAGACCUCACAGCUAGUUCGAUUCCACCCUCGGGCGUCUCCGUGCAUGCGUGGGUUUCCUCCCACAUUCCAAAAACAUAUCUAUUAUAGAAAACAUGUCUAUGUCUAUUAGUUUAUUUAGCCAUGUUUAUGCUUGCAAAAAACACUAAACUCAUCACACAGUAACUUAACACUCCAAAGAAAUAUACAAAGAAGUACCAAUAUGAGUUAUGAGAAUAUGAAAUUUCCCAUUCUGCAUUGUGUCUGAGCAAAGCAAUUAAUGCGGCAUAGAAAGUGGGUAGUGCGCAGGCCUCACAGCUAGGAGACCCGAGUUCAAUUCCACCCUUGGGCAUCUCUGUGUAGAGUUUGCAUGUUCUCCCCGUGCAUGCGUGGGUUUUCUCCGGGUACUCCGGAUUCCUCCCACGUUCCAAAAACAUGUCUAUUAGUUUAUUUAGCCAUGUUUAUGCUUGCAAAAAAAACACUAAACUCAUCACACAGUAACUUACCACUCCAAAGGUGUACCUAAAAAUAUACAAAGAAGUACCAAUAUGAGUUUUGAAGUUUCCCAUUCUGCAUUGCGUCUGAGCAAAGCAGUUCAUUGGAGGACAUGUGGCAUAGAAAGCGGUUAGUGCGCAGGCCUUACAGCUAGGAGACCCGAGUUCAAUUCCACCCUCGGGCAUCUCUGUGUGGUGAUUGCAUGUUCUCCCUGUGCAUGCGUGGGUUUUCUCCGGGUACUCCGGUUUCCUCCCACAUUCCAAAAACAUGCUAGGUUAAUUGGCGAUAAAAAUGGAGUGGUACUUCCAUCCAUUGUUAGCAAUAACACACAUGAUUGACAGGAACCAACACAACACGUAGUUUGUCUUAUGUUUACAUUCCAUUAGCUUACAUCACAUUCCCCAUACGGUUCACCCCAGGAUAAUUAACAUGAGGAAUGGGUAGCAGAUGUCAGUCACGCUUUGAUGAUGGAUGCACGUUUUGUUCAUGUACACCGUCAACACUCGGAGCCCCUCGGGCACAGUUUGGGUGCUCCACCAUCGACUUUCAGAAUUGUUGGCAGUGGUUUCAAGUCUGACACUAGCUUGACGUUGGGAUUUGCAUCAUUCCCACCCAAAUACCAAAUAUCAUGGAAUAGUGACGCACACUGUUUUAUAUUUAGUGUGGGGAGAGCCUGUUUUGGUUUGAAACUGGGACUUGACUUGAACCACCAACACUUUUUCCAGUGUUUUCCUAAAUCAUUGGGCUCUAUGAAAUCUGUUUUAUUUUCCCAAAAUUCCACUUUAAUGAUUUAGAGUUGCAUUCUUUUACCUUUGAAUACAAAUCCUCAAUAAAAACAUCAGCUAUUGUUGCGACGUCACUUCCUGUCCGCCCACCACUCAGCCCCCCCAGGAAACACAUUUACAGCAACACAUACAAGCACAAUACUUAUUUUUGUCUUAAAUUGCGGCGUCACUUCCUGUCCGCCCGCCACUCAGCUCCCCCUAAGACACAUUUACAGCAACACACACACAAGCACAAGCCUUAUUUUUGUCCGUCCACCGCUCAGCUCCCCCUAGGAAACACAUUUACAGCAACACACACAAGCCUUAUUUUUGUCUUAAUCUGCGGCCUCACUUCCUGUCCGCCCGCCACUCAGCUCCCCCUAAGACACAUUUACAGCAACACACACACAAGCACAAGCCUUAUUUUUGUCCGUCCACCGCUCAGCUCCCCCUAUGAAACACAUUUACAGCAACACACACAAGCCUUAUUUUUGUCUUAAUCUGCGGCCUCACUUCCUGUCCGCCCACCACUCAGCCCCCCCAGGAAACACAUUUACAGCAACACACACAAGCACAAACUUUAUUUUUGAUUUAAAUGGCUUAUUUAAUCUCAGCAUGUCUACUAUAUAGGGUAAAAGUAGUGUAAAGGUGACUAUGGGGGUGUUAUUUCAUGUCUCGAGGGCUCUAAUAAUGUUAAUAACUGUAUUUAGAAGAUUUUCUAUGCUGCCACUAUGAAACUAGUCGGGUCUGGAACCAACCAAAAAUAUACAUCGGGAGCGUUUUUUUAAAUAGUUCUUACGGAGGUAAGGAAGUACACAGGUCAGUUUCACUCACAGCUGUACCUGAUCCACAGUGGGUCUGUUUCUGGAAAGUCAACCAGAAUCCCCCCCCCCUCCAAUCAGGAUAAACAAAUGUAAAUAGUACGCGGGCUAAGGAUAUUCUACAGUCAAUUACAGAGCCGAGGGGUUGCGUUCUAUAUACAGCGAGUGAUUGUAUAAUCCCGAAUAGCAGGAGUGGUGUCACGGGGGGAUUGCGGGGAGCGAGCUAAGAGUACCCACGUUACACACACACUCAGGGCGGGGUCUCACUGACUCUUUGAAAAUGGGUCUGGGCCAACUCAUACACCUAUUCCACUGUAAUUAUUUCCAGAUUGGUUGAAUGUUGAAGCUGGAAAGGACUUCAAGGGGUUUCUCCCGUAUGGGUGUGUGUGUGAAUGAACAGGGAAGCAGGGUGGGCAAAAAAAAAAAAAGGGGGCGGUGAUGUCAAAAAAUGCCAAAAUGCCCCCCCCCCCCCAAAAAAAAAAACCUCAAUAAAGAACUCUUAUGUGUUACGGCAAUGCUUUUUUGGGAGGCCUUGAACGCCUCUCAAACUCAAUUGUGCUCCCAAACCCGGUGUGUUUUAUACAGACUGCCCAUCGGUAUUUCCUCCAAGACCUGGUCCAGCUGUAGUCCCUGGGCAUAUAUCCAGUUCUGCCAAGUCAUACAGGACUCAGCUUUAUCCAGUCUAGACCAGGAUAACUUUGGUAAAGUAUACUAAAUCGACAUAGGUCAUUGCUGGUGUUGCUAAUUCUACCCGAAUCCCUGAUACUGGACCUUUUCAUGGUCUUCAGACUCUAAGGAUCCCAAUGUAUGGCUGCCAACUACUGCUAUGGGAUGUCGUUUUUUGCACUUCUGUGUGAAAUUUCAAAAACCAGUGUGAAACCCGGUGACGUGGAACAGGAUGAAGAGAAAAUAAGGAAAUUUACGUACAUCUCUACUGGGGUACUGUAUGUACCUUGGUACUCUAUGUACCUAGUACAAAAAAAACGUGUACUGUUCAGUCCGUCCUGCAUGGGACAAUCCUGCCUUAGAGACUAGAUUAGAUUCCAUUUAUCACAGCAAGUCUUCCAAGUCCUGAAGCAGCAAAAAAAAAAACCAGACCAUUACACUACCACCACCAUAUUUUACUGUUGCUAUGAUAUUGGAUAUUUUUGGUAGACAGCAGAAAUCAUGGUUCCAUUUAUCACAGCAAGUCUUCCAGGUCCUGAAGAAGCAAAAAAAAAAAAAAACCCAGACCAUCACACUACUACCACCAUAUUUUACUGUUGCUAUGAUGUUCAGUCCGUCCUGCAUGGGACAAUCAUGCCUUAGAGACUUGAUUAGAAACCACGGUUCCAUUUAUCACAGUAAGUCUUGGAGUCAAGAGGUCCUGAAGCAGCAAAAAAAACCCAGACCAUCACACUACCACCGCCAUAUUUUACUAUGAUGUGGGAUAUUUUUAUUAGGCAGCAGAAUUCAUGGUUCCAUUUAUCACUAGCAAGUCUUCCAGGUCCUGAAUCAGCAAAACAGCCCCAGACCAUCACACUACCACCACCAUAUUUUACUGUUGCUAUGAUUUUGUGGGAUAUUUUUGGUAGACAGCAGAAUUCAUGGUUCCAUUUAUCACAGCAAGUCUUCCAGGUCCUGAAUCAGGAAAACAGCCCCCGACCAUCACACUACCACCACCAUAUUUUACUGUUGUUUGUGGGACAUUUUUGGUAGACAGCAGAAUUCAUGGUUCCAUUUAUCACAGGAAGUCUUCAAGGUCCUGAAGCAGCAAAAUAGCCUCAGACCAUCACACUACCACCACCAUAUUUUACUAUUGCUAUGAUGUUCUUUUACACCAUUACACAUGUAAUGGUAGUAUUUUCCCAAAGGUCUUGGAGAUCAUCAAGAUGUUUUGUGGAAAAAUUUGACAAGCCUUAAUGUUAUUUUUCGUCAUCAGUGGUUUUGGUCUUGGAACUCUGCCAUGCAGGCCAUUUUUGCCCACCGUCUUUCUUAUGUUGGAGUCAUGAACACUGACCUCAAUGGAGGCAAGUGAGGUCUUCAGUUCUUUGGAUGUUGUUGUGGGGUCUUUUGUGACCUCUUGGAUGAGUCGUCGCCGUGCUCACCACUGUUCCAUGUUUUCGCCAUUUGUGGACAACGGCUCUCGCUGUGGUUUGCAGGAGUCCCAAUGGAUUUAGGACCUUUUCCAGAUCGAUGGACCUCAAUUAAUCUCAGUUUUUCCACACAGGGCCAUGUUGGUUUGGACCCCAAAUGGAGAAAAUCCGUGAGGAGUAGAAGAUAUUGCAUGUUUUGACUCACACCUUCUCGCCUAGCAGACCCUCCUGCCAGCUUGACGUUGACAUUCGGUGAACAAGUCCAACGUUUCCCUCAGGUUAGUCUCCUGCAUCACGAUGUAAGAUGGCGUACUUGUUGGACGAGCGAAAGUCAGCCGUCUAUGUUUUGCAGCCAAAAAAAAAAACACAGACACCUUCUCUGUCGCUCCCGCCAUCAUCUCUGACGAGCGUCAGGACCCCUGUUUUGUCUUUUCAGAUGCCUGUCCUCCGCUUGGUUUCUCUUUCUUGUGGAAAAACCGUGUCUGCUUUAGUGCUUUGCAUUCCUGCGGUUUGACUGGCACUUCCUGCUAUGAGCGAGAAGCACGCUUGUAGACAUUCCUUGUAGACCCUUGUAGAUUUGUCAAAACUGUUUUUCUACCGUCACAUUUGUGGUUGGGAUGUAACAAAAAAAAAAAACCUAUGGAAAAAUCCUAAUUAUGAAGUAUUGUUAAGAGGUGUAGCUUUUGGGUUAUGGGUCGGCCUACAACAACCACUCGUUUCUUACAUAAAUGUGCACGGCAUCAUGGGAUAUCCAUCCGUCCGUCCAUUUUCCGCUUAUCCGAGGUCGGAUCGAGGGAGCACCGGCCUAAGCAUGGAAGCCCAAAAAGUCAAAAAUGUACGACUGUAAAGAGAAAAAAAAAGUUUAAAAUUUACGAGAAUAAAAGCAAUAAUAUUACGAGAAAAAAGUCAUAAUUUUACUAAAAUAAAACGGCAAAUUCACGAGAAUAAUCUACGAGAAAAAAAGUGUUAAAUUUACAAGAAUAAAAGCCAUAAUAUUUAUGAAAAAAGUCAUAGGGAAAAAGUAAUGCAUUUAAGAGAAAAAAGUCUCAAGUUGACAGGAAUAAAAGCCAUAAUAUUAUGAGGAAAAAGUCAUAAAUUUACAAAAAUAAAAUAGUAAAUUUACAGGAAAAAAGUAAAGAAUUUACGAGGAAAAAAGUCUUAAGUUGACGAGAAUAAAAGCCAUAAUAUUACAAGAAAAAAGCCAUAAAUGCACAAUACUGAAGUCAUAAAUUGAUAAGAAAAAAGUAAUAUAUUUACAAGACUAAAGCUGUAAAUUUACCACAAUAAAGUCGUAAAGUAAGGACCAAAAAACUCAGAAAUUUACAAGAAUAAAGUCGUACAAUUACGAGAAAAAAGUCUUAAAUUUACAAGAAUAAAAGUCAUGAUAUUAUGAGGAAAAAAGUCAUACAUUUACAAAAAUAAAAUUGUAAAUUUACAGGAAAAAAGUAAUCAAUUACGAGGGAAAAAGUUUUAACUUGACGAGAAUAAAAGCCAUAAUAAUACGAGAAAAAAGCCAUAAAUGCACAAUACUGAAGUCAUAAAUUGACAAGAAAAAAAGUAAUAUAUUUACGAGACUAAAGCUGUAAAUUUACCACAAUAAAGUCGUAAAAUAAGAACCAAAAAAGUCAGAAAUUUACAAGAAUAAAAGCCGUAAUGUUACAAGAAAAAAGUCGUAAAUUAACAAAAAUAAAAUAGUACAUUUACAGGAAAAAAAUAAUGAAUUUACAAGGAAAAAAGUCUGAAGUUGACGAGAAUAAAAGCCAUAAUAUUAAAAAAAAGUUGUAAUGCAGUCAUAAAUUGACAAGAAAAAAAGUAAUAUAUUUACGAGACUAAAGCUGUAAAUUUACCACAAUAAAGUCGUAAAGUAAGAACCAAAAAAAUUAGAAAUUUACAAGAAAAAAGUCUUAAAUUAACGAGAAUAAAAGUCAUGAUAUUACUCGAAAAAAGUCGUAAAUUAACAAGAAUAAAAGCCAUAAUAUUACGAGAAAAAAGUCUUAAAAUAACGAGAAUAAAAGCCAUGAUAUUACGAGAAAAAAAGUCAUAAAUUAACGAGAAUAAAAGCCAUGAUAUUACUCGAAAAAAGUCGUAAAUUAACGAGAAUAAAAGCCAUGAUAUUACGAGAAAAAAGUAUUAAAUUAACGAGAAUAAAAGCCAUGAUAUUACGCGAAAAAAGUCGUAAAUUAACGAGAAUAAAAGCCAUGAUAUUAUGAGAAAAAAGUCUUAAAUUAACGAGAAUAAAAGCCAUAAUAUUACUCGAAAAAAGUCGUAAAUUAACGAGAAUAAAAGCCAUGAUAUUAUGAGAAAAAAAGUCAUAAAUUAACGAGAAUAAAAGCCAUGAUAUUACGAGAAAAAAGUCAUAAAUUAACGAGAAUAAAAGCCAUAAUAUUACGAGAAAAAAGUCGUAAAUUAACGAGAAUAAAAGCCAUGAUAUUAUGAGAAAAAAGUCAUAAAUUAACAAGAAUAAAAGCCAUAAUAUUACGAGAAAAAAGUCUUAAAUUAACGAGAAUAAAAGCCAUGAUAUUACGAGAAAAAAGUCUUAAAUUAAUGAGUAUAAAAGCCAUGAUAUUACUCAAAAAAAGUCUUAAAUUAACGAGAAUAAAAGCCAUGAUAUUACGAGAAAAAAGUCUUAAAUUAACAAGAAUAAAAGCCAUGAUAUUACAAGAAAAAUGUCUUAAAUUAACGAGAAUAAAAGCCAUAAUACUACGAGAAAAAAGUCUUAAAUUAACGAGAAUAAAAGCCAUGAUAUUACGCGAAAAAAGUCUUAAAUUAACGAGAAUAAAAGCCAUGAUAUUACGAGAAAAAAAGUCAUAAAUUAACGAGAAUAAAAGCCAGGAUUUACGCGAAAAAAAGUCUUAAAUUAACAAGAAUAAAAGCCAUGAUAUUACUUGAAAAAAGUCGUAAAUUAACAAGAAUAAAAGCCAUAGUAUUACUCGAAAAAAGUCGUAAAUUAACGAGAAUAAAAGCCAUGAUAUUAUGAGAAAAAAGUCUUAAAUUAACGAGAAUAAAAGCCAUGAUAUUACGAGAAAAAAGUCUUAAAUUAACGAGAAUAAAAGCCAUGAUAUUAUGAGAAAACGAGAAUAAAAGCCAUGAUAUUAUGAGAAAAAAGUCAUAAAUUAACGAGAAUAAAAGCCAUAAUAUUACGAGAAAAAAGUCAUAAAUUAACAAGAAUAAAAGCCAUGAUAUUACAAGAAAAAAGUCUUAAAUUAACAAGAAUAAAAGCCAUGAUAUUACGAGAAAAAAGUCUUAAAUUAACGAGAAUAAAAGCCAUGAUAUUACGCGAAAAAGUCGUAAAUUAACAAGAAUAAAAGCCAUGAUAUUACGAGAAAAAAGUCUUAAAUUAACGAGAAUAAAAGCCAUGAUAUUACGAGAAAAAAGUCUUAAAUUAACGAGAAUAAAAGCCAUGAUAUUACGAGAAAAAAAGUCAUAAAUUAACGAGAAUAAAAGCCAGGAUUUACGCGAAAAAAG